AUGCAGUUCUCCAACCUCAUCCAGCUCCUCUCUCUCGCUGCCGUCUCCCAGGCCAUCACCGUCGCCUACGACACAGGCUACGACGACGCGUCGCGAGCCAUGACAGUCGUGUCCUGCUCCGACGGCGCCAACGGGCUCAUCACGCGCUACGGCUGGACCACACAAGGCGCGAUCCCGAAGUUCCCCUACAUCGGCGCCGCGGAGGCCGUCGCGGGCUGGAACUCGGCCCAGUGCGGCACGUGCUGGAAGCUGACGUACCCGACGACUGGCAUCUCUAUCAACGUGUUGGCCAUCGACCACGCCGCCGCGGGCUUCAACAUCGCGCUCGACGCUAUGAACGCGCUGACGAACGGCCAGGCGACGCAGUUGGGGCGCGUUGAUAUGACGGCUGUGCAGGUGGAUGUUUCGAACUGUGGGUUGUGA